CACACGACGGGUGCGAAUUUUGCACGACAGAAAUGAAAAGUGGUCACAGAAAAGUGUCUUUAUAAGGGUGAAAAUACAAUUUUUUGGAAUUGUUAAUACAGUAUUCGAAUUUCUCGGAAAAUUCUACAUCAAUUUCAUAUAUUCUCCAUGAAAUAGUGAGACCGAAAAAGUUCUAGCGCCAUGAAAAAGUAUAAACCAAAUUCACAAAAAAGAGCCAAGGAAAGCGUACUUUACUCAUAUGGACUAAAAACACAACAACAUCCGCUUAUCACACUCAUUCAAAACAAAGGUGUUUACAUGAAUGACAUCGCCAAUAAAAUUAAUGGAAUUUGUAAUCAUCAAGACAAACAAAUAAAGAAACACAGCACAGAAUAUCUUCGCUCGGUUUUUUUGUACAUUCUUUGUAACCCAGAGACACUGCCUUAUUCUAAAACUAUCUGGACUGGUUUGCUUUCUUUGGCUAAAACCCAGACAAAUGCAAAACAUCUCACGAAAGAAAUUAUCUUAUGCUCGAAGAUAUCAUCACAGAUGGUGUAGCCUUGGCCCAUCAGAUUGUAAGAAAAAUUCUUUCAUUAAACAAACUGGCACCAGAAACAGAACAGCAACAAAAAAUGUCUACGAAAGAAUUUUCAAAACACAUCAGGAAUAUCCAUUCCAAUAUUGCAAUUGCAUUUGAUUUAUCUAAAUUAGUUGAAGGUUUUGAUGAGUCGGAAUUCAAAGAUGUAUUCACUUUUGUCGAUGCGCUGAAUGUCUAAGCUAAAACAAAUUUUUGUCAAAGCAUCAAUUUAUUUUUGCGAGCCUCAUUUCGAUCGAGGGAACCAUCUGUUGAUUGUUGGUUUAGGAUAUAGGUAUGAAACUAUUUUGGAGAUUAUUAAACUCAAUGGAGAUGUGGCAUAAGAUUUUCUAAUGACGUACAUAUGUAUUUAAAUUGGCUGAAGAAGUGAAUCCAGAAAUUCAAGUUGAGCUGCUUCGAGGUCUGCCGAGUUUUGCAGUUUCAAAG